CCUGGUCAUCAUUGGUCAAACAAACAACAAUCUCACUGAUGUUACUGACCAUGGUUCUUUUUAUUGUCGGACCGAGAGAAAUCAAGGAACCUAUCUCUCCCUAUCUCAAUACCGCGAUGACACGUGCUCCCGCUGUUACCACUAUAUGCCGAAAUGGGCCUUUACUCACGAGAAAACUGCUUUUCGUUAUCUAGGAACCGUUGGCCAACUUCAGGAUCCUGUAAGUAAAACUCUUAUGUAUCCACGACCAAAGAAUCGUUCUCAUCCAAUCUUCAGUACAUUUAAGUCCAAUUACUUCGCUAACUUGUGGAUAUCUUGCUGUAAGGCAGCGAUGCAGUGUUGUCAUACAAUGUUAUCUGUUUCUGUACGGCAGUCGGAUGAAAACAACUGUCCACGAACUUGGGAUGGUUGGCAGUGUUGGCCAGACACAGCAGCUGGUGAAGUAGCUUUGGUUCGCUGUCCUGAUCACAUUUAUUUCAAAAAUGAUCCUCCUCAGUGUCCACGUUACGCCAUAAAGACUUGUGGUACGAACGGCACAUGGCUCGUAACGAAACUUUUGAAGGAAUGGACAGACUAUAGCAGAUGUGGCAUUGUUGAUUCCCUAAGAAAACGUUUGUAUUUCCAUAUCAUCACGUUUGGAGUAUCCAUAUCUGCUCUUAUACCAUCCUUGGUUAUCUUUUUCACUUACAAGCAGCUCCAAGUACCGCGCAUCGCGAUACACAAGAACCUUUUUCUUUCCCUCGUGCUCAAUGGAGUGUUUGUCAUUGUCUUUCGAACAACGGUCAUAUCGGAAGAAACUGAUGCACGUGGAGACAACGAGAACUUCUUUCAGCAGAAUGGGCCCGGAUGUAAAGUUCUGUUUGUUGCAACUAAAUACUUUCGCAUGACUUCUUAUAUGUGGAUGUUCUGCGAGGGAUUUUACCUCCACAGACUCAUCACGGCCACAUUUACUGAACAGAAGAGUUUAGUUAUAUUCUACGCUAUUGGUUGGG